GACUUUUUACUUUCCUAGUUCUGUCUUCAUUUUGAGGUUGCUGAAAAAAUGACUGGUUGUUUUUGGACUGGAUUGACCAUCAUGAAUCUAUGAAAUAUAUUACAUAAGAUACUAUAAAAACAAGCCUAAAUUCCCAUACAUCAAAGUAAUCAAACUGAAAAUGGACAAGCCUGCAAACAACACAAAGCAAACUUGACACAAAACAGAUAUUUCACUGUGUACAAACAAUAGCCCUUGGCUGAUAAACGGAAAGAAGUUUUAAGGUUGUUUGCAAUGUCAUGAGAUCAUGUCUUGCAGAAUCACAGGUCUCCAUCAAACUAAUGGGCAUUUUUUGAUUGGAUGUGAAGGGAUUGUAUAAAAGAUUUGUGAGAUGUUAUUUGCUAAAAGCUAAUAGAGUGAUUUUGUUCUAGAUCUGUAUUUUCUAGUCUUGCUGAAAACAGUGUAAACUUCUGCGUCCCUAAGAAAGCUUCUCUCUGUGCUGGCAAGGAAAUGAUAGAAGAAUGUAAUUAAGCAAAGAUGACCCUGAAGAGAAAUGUGGAUUCUUUACAAUAUACAAUGUCCUUCCCACCAGCCACAUGUGUUUGUCAGAUGUUUACAAAAUCUUCAUUAACUAAGAGCUUUGCUAGAUAACAGAAGCUGAAGCAUGGCAUCAAUGACUCUGAUAAGGACAAGUGUACGACCAAUCUGCUUGACAACUGACAAGGGGCUGGGGUUUGAAGCAGACUGCAAAAAGAACACAAGAAAGUGAUUUGCAAAGGCAUUCCAGUUGUUUGCCUUACAUCUUCUUUCCUCUGUCUUUAUUGAAACAAGAGUGGCAACCAGCUAAAACACCCUUGUCCUCUUGUCUCUCCACCAGAAAGUAAAUCUAGAAGGAAUGCAUUGUUUUGGAGUAUUAGCUGCACUGUCUGUUUUCAACAUCAUUGCUUGUUUGACAAGAGGCAAGCCUUUGGAAGACUGGGACAGGCUAUCAGCUAUGGGAAAAUCUGAUGCACACUUUCAUGAUCCUGGGGAAGUAGAAGAUGAGACCCAUUUCAACUUUAAAUCUUUCUUGGAGAAUAUGAAGAUGGAUUUACUAAGGAGUUUGAAUUUGUCAAAAGUCCCCUCACAAGUGAAGACCAAAGAAGAACCACCACAGUUCAUGAUUGAUUUAUACAACAGAUAUGCUGCAGACAAGUCCUCCAUCCCUGCAUCCAAUAUUGUAAGGAGCUUCAGUACUGAAGAUGUUGUUUCUUUAGAUUCACCAGAAGAAAACCCACUUCAGAAACACAUUUUGUUCUUCAACAUCUCUAUUCCACAAUAUGAGGAAAUCACCAGAGCUGAACUGAGAAUUCAUAUCUCCUGUCACAGGGAAGUUGGGUCUCUCUCUAGGCUGGAAGGCAACAUGGUCAUUUAUGAUGUUCUAGAUGAUGGCCACUGGGAAAACCCAGAAAGUACCAAAUCUUCCCUUGUCUCCCACAACAUCCAGGAAUGUGGUUGGAAGAUGUUCGAAGUGUCCAGCGCUGUGAAAAGAUGGGUCAGGGCAGACAAACUGGAGACUAAAAAUAAGCUAGAGGUCGUUAUAGAGACUAAAGCUCUGAAUGGUUUUUUGUGUGGGAAGCUGGAUGUCAGUGUUACCCCUGACACUAAAAAUCUGCCCCUGUUAAUAGUGUUCUCCAAUGACCGCAGCAAUGGGACAAAAGAGACCAAAGUGGAGCUCCGUGAGAUGAUUGUUCAUGAACAAGAAAGUGUGCUCAAGAAACUAGGGAAGAACAACACUUCAUCUGAAGAGGAAGAGCAGGGAGAGGAAAAGGCCACCACUGGAUCCCACCUGCAUUCCUCCAGAAGCAAGCGAAGCGUUGGAGCCAACCACUGCAGGAGAACUUCCCUCCAUGUGAACUUUGAAGAGAUUGGCUGGGAUUCCUGGAUCAUUGCACCAAAAGAUUAUGAGGCUUUUGAGUGCAAAGGAGGUUGCUUCUUCCCUCUGACAGAUAACGUCACCCCAACUAAACAUGCUAUUGUCCAAACUCUGGUACAUCUCCAAAAUCCCAAAAAAGCCUCCAAGGCCUGUUGUGUUCCAACCAAACUGGAUGCAAUCUCCAUUCUUUAUAAGGAUGAUGCUGGUGUGCCCACUUUGAUAUAUAACUAUGAAGGCAUGAAAGUGGCAGAAUGUGGCUGCAGGUAGUAUACAAGGUAGAAUCUCUAAGGAUAGAACAUCCCCUUUUUCUGUCCUGUGUAAAUCUGUACAAUAGUGAUUGUAGAAGAAAUGAAGACCAUUACAAACAAGGUUUGGAGCAGGGUAUGGGACUGGUUGUUGUUGCCGCUUGUUUUGAGGGAAAUUUGGCAUUUAAAGAAUGGCAAUCAUUGUAAAUAGCCUGCAUUAUAUAUCAUGGCAAAGUGAAUACUAGAUUAAAAUAUUGUGAGAUUGAAUGAACUAUGCAUUAUCUGGUGACAGUGAUACAAUGUCAAUGCCUUAUUUCAAACUUUCUGUUUAAUCGACUGUAUUUAGGUCACAAACUAGAGGGUUUUCAGUGGGGGUUUAGGAUGUCCUUGAAAUGUUUAACAGCUCCUGAAAUCUAAUUCUCUCAGUCAACUCUGACAUUUUCAACUUUGCUAAAACUCAGUAAAUGGAAUGUUGUCUGCAUGAUAAAGUCAGGAAUCUAAACCCAGGAAGCCUUUUCUCAUAUCAGUAAUCUCAGAGGCUUUUACAGGCAAAUUAUUUGUUCCUGUAAGUGAAGAUUUGCAGUAUUCAAAACAGAAGACACUCUCACUUAUUUCAUUCCCAAGUUUCCUUCUGUGGGUAGCAGGUGCCUUAGUUUCAGCUUUCUUAUCCUUAAUGUCCCUAUUUUUACCCCUUUAUGGCACAUACUUGAAUGAUAAGAAGUGCAGCCUUCCGCUUCUAAGACGCUGUUUCCUAGGAGGAGCAGCAGCCCUUAUCACCGCACAAAGAUAAGGAGCCAUUUUGACCUACUGCAUAUUCUUAGUAUUUCUUUGCAAGAACAUGCAGGCAAGUGAUGUCCAGCCUUAGAAUCUGUAUCCUAAGAGCAGUGGGGGUUGGCAGAGCUCAGCACAUUUGAAAAUCCCAGGCUGAUUAUUUAGAGGCCUAAAUUUGUUGUUCAGAGUGGGCAUGAGGUUCUAAUUUUUUUAAAAUUUCUUCUUAGGAGAAAUUCUAUUUUACAUACAAAAUUCUUUCACCCCUUAGAAGUCUGGGAAAGAUUGAAAACUUCUAUCUGUAUCCUGUUACAUUGCUCUAUGAGAAAUACACUAUCAUACUGUCAUUCUGCUGACUUCAGUUGUAUUUUCACUAAACAAGGACUCCAUCUUUCCUGCAAAUAAAGUAAACUUCCUUUGAUGCUAAUGAAGGUUGUGCCUGUAAAAGGACAAACUGUCUUCCAUUGGUUGCAGGUGUCAGGUUUAAGUGCUGCACAACAUGACCAUAGUGCACCUCAUUUCUAUUCCUUCACCACCUUAAACACAUCUACCUGUGAACCCUUUUGAACAAAAUCCUUUAAAAACUAUGCAUCGGUUUAUAAAGGUGAAGAAUAUUGAUGAGGUAAAAAUCUAAACAGUACCCUAAUGUAUGGAAGCAACAGAAUUUAAAUUGAUACAUAUGUUUUGAAUUAAGACAGCCUGUGGGCAAGACGAAUUCAUUUGGCAUGAACAGGUCAGCUUGAAAUCCAAUACACAGUUUAUUUACUAUUGUUAACCUAAUACAGAGCAAAUAGCAGGUGAGUGUGAGCAGGGCAGUUAUAAUUCCAUCAAGAACUGCUGGUUAGAUCACAAACCAUGAGCACAAAGCACGAUUCACUAGAAUUCUUGAACUGAUUUAUAGUAUUUUUCUUUGAACUGGUCUGCAGUUGGAUCAGAUCUGAGAUCUGGGUCCAUGCAAACUCCAUACAUCCCUAGCUGCAUGCCAUUAACCUCUUAAGCUUCCCACAGCAGUAAUCAUUUUACCACUGGCUUCUGUCAUCUUACAGUCAUUGUCAUGUCUUCUGCCUGCCAGAGCCCCCUGUAUUCUCUCCCUAUUUUGCUCCUUUCUCCUAAGCUCCUGACAUUUUCCAAAACUUCUCUUAAAUGACAGAAAGAACCACACAUGCACUAGGUGUGAUCACAUUAGGAGACUUAUUCACCCUCAUGUCAAUGUAAUUGUAGCUAAGUGCCCUCCAGUCAUCUAAACACAAGGUCCUAGUUAUAUUUUGACUCCACUGAACACAGGACUUUGUCCAUAAUUAAAUGAACAAAUGGGGAAGGGAAAAAACCUACACAGAGAGAAAUUCUCAAGAAUUGGAGGUGGGGGGGCAGGGGGAGCUGUUACAUUCUGAAGUCAGACAUUGAUCUUUAUUUCCCUUAUUUGGAUAGCAAAAAUAAAUACCUCAAACCAUUUUUGGCUCGAAACCUUAGCUCCUAGCUAUGCUAUCAGAAUUCCAGAGAAGACCUACAGAUCCCAUCACAAAACUGGACUAGAAGUUGCUUUUGCAUUUCAAUGAAAAAAAUUGAUUGAGCUUCAAGCCAGCUUUAGCGAUCAUAUGCCCAUUAGCUUAACAUUUUAGUUGGCAUGGUAGUAAAAUGAAACAUGAAUCUUUCCCCAGGGUAAUGAACAAGGUCAAGAAGAAAUGAGAACCCAGUAGUGACUACAGCUGCUACUACCUUCAGCAUGGCUGAAGUGCGUGUCAAAUUGAUGUUUGGCUUUACAUUUAGCAGCUUGAUUUAUGCAGUUUUGCAUAUUUAAUUUUAAAUAAUUGCUUGAGAUCACUCAGGUUUCAAAUACUUUGGGAAUGCAACAAGUCAGCCAAGUGGUCAUGAUGGUCCUAGAGUCCACAGGCUGUGAAGAACAGGUAAGCAUCUUGCCCCUGCUUCAAGAUGGGCCUCACUGGACACUGAGAAACCCUUCUCUCAUCACUGGAUUGUAAAUGUUGAUCAGCAGCUUGCUGUUUAUGAGGAGCAGGUUGAGGCUGUCUAUGGCUCCGUGCUCCUCCCUGCCCAUCCCGCCCGGGCUGUCUAUGGC